AGUCACACUAAGAGACGGAAAGCAUUUCUCUUUUUUGGCUUGAUAUUUGCAGUUCUAAAAUAUAAAAUUUGUUUAGUAGGAAAAAAAAGCAGUCAUUUAAAGAACAUAGUUAAUAUGAUAUUUGUCUAUGUUUGAUUUUAAAAUCGAGUGACGAGUCGGAAAUGCGACUGGUGGUGUACAGAGUUAGCCUGUGUUAUCUAAGUUUUUAAUAAGUAAUGCUUCAAGGUGUGGCCUUUCAGUUAAUCUGUAUGGUGGUGUUUUUCCAGCAAGCCAGUGGUGAGGAUGUGAACAGUGUUAUUGGCUAUAUAGGCGAGUCAGUUUUCCUGAGACCACAUGUUGAUCCAUCAUGGGAUAUAAAAAAUAUUCAGUGGUCAAUUUAUAAGAAUUCUACCCUAAUUGCAACCUUUGAAAACAAUGUCCUGAAAGUUGAAAGGGUGGCACAAUUCAAAGGUCGACUUGAGCUCAACAUAAAGUCAGGAGAUUUAAAAAUUACAAAGUUAAAAGCUACUGAUUCAAUGGAAUACACCGUUCACAUUGAAAACAGUGAAAACAAUGACAACACCAGCAGAGUCAGGCUUUCUGUUCGAGAACAAAUCCCUGAGCCUGAAAUAACAGUGCUGCACAGUUGUAUGGAUAAAGGCAAAUGCAUAAUCUCACUGAAGUGUUCAAUACUUAGCAUUCACAUUUCUCUCUUGUGGAAACCUGAGCAUGGCUUCAGUGAGCACUUCUAUAGUAGUAGUGCUAAUGCCACCGGAGAGUCUGUGAUGUGGACAUCCUUCAGCAACAGAUCCGUAAACUUCUCCUGCAUUGCUACAGAUGGAAAUCACAAUAAGUCGAGCCAGAGGAAUUUACAAUGUCUAGAUCCAAAUACCAGCUGCUGCAGUUGCAUUUGGCUUGCAUUGUUCAUCAUAGCUCUCAUAGCUAUCCCCAUAGUGUUACUGUUAUACCGCUGGUGUAAAGCUAAUCCUACGAUAUGUAUGAACUGGAUGAGAAAUUUGCCCAGGAUACAAAGAUUAUUUUCAAGAUGUUUUUCCAUUUGAUUUGGUUUUUGCUCUGUUAUUGUAAUAUGUAUUUAGUUAUUUUUUCUUAAACCUGCAGCAAAUCAAAUAAAAAUAACGUGUUUACUUUAGAAACUUUUUGUUAGGAAAAUAUUGGGUUUAAAUGUGAAGUUAAUAAAUAUGCAUACACGUGUUACCUCUCA